AUGGACUCCAACGCUGCCACUGUUGAAGGCACUGGCCAUAACGUUAGAGAAAAUGACUGCUUGCUGAACAGUCUACCAGAAAUGAAAAGCGUGUAUUAUGAGCAUUUCAAGCCUUUUCAAGACAAGCUGUCUUCGGUACUUCAGCACUCGCGGUCAUAUUUCACGGCACUGGCGGAGCGAGAGAGCUUUGCUGCAUUUCUGAGUGUUCCCCUUAUAAGUGACGUCCUAGUGAAGACAAUCGAAGGGAUGUUUGAGACACCAAAACCGCGUGUGCUUCAGCCACAGAACGACGAAGCCAGUGCCAAUAUCAAUUGGUUGGACGUUGUCAAGGAAAAGAAUUAUCAGGCCGAAUAUAAAGGGAAUGGAAAUUACCAUUUCCAUAUGCUGGACCGGGGGUGA